UCAUCUAACUUAGUAACUUACCCGAUAGCUCGGACGGAGCAUGUGUUUCAAGAUUAACUUAACUUGACCUCUAAUUAUAGCCUACAUACGCGUGUAAACAAUAACAUUACUUUUUUUUCUAUUUUUUUAAUUUGUGGUUUUGUGUUUUUUUUCUGGAAGGCAAGGAUAAAGAUGAAAAUCGACAUGCACAAUUGAGAAGAAAUCGACAAAAAGAAAACCUUCUACAUUAAAACGAAAAAUGGGAUCAUUACAAAAGACAUACGCUAACAGAAGUUAAUAUUUUCAGUAAUGCUGUGACGAUGGCAAUUAAAAAUGUGUUUAAGUGCGCAAAAGAACAAAACGAGAGGCGAAAGACUCUCAAUAUGUUUAAUAUAAUAAAAACUAGUGUAAUUUUAAUUCUAAUGAACACAAAUAAAGUGAAUUGCAAUGAAAAUGUAACAGAAGAAAUAAGAAACAUAGAAAAAGAUAUACCGAGGAGGUUAAAAUUGUUAGAAUCUAUAUCUGGGAGAUCUUUGAACAGUGUUUAUCAAAAUGGUACAUUUAAUACUGGAAAUAAAUUGUGGGAUAACAUACUUAAUGAAUGUACAUUCAAGCCAUCAGUUAGUUGUCUACAAAAGAACGUGUAUUCUUAUUUAGAUGAGAGUUUAGAUUUUAGUGGUGAUGUGAACGUUGCUAGUGGUAUGUGCUUCAAGAAAAAUAAUGUGGACAUCAAUAAAUAUAGUAAAGAAGCAAAUAUUAUUUAUGUUACUGGAAGUAAAAAAGAAGAUAGUGAUAAAAGAUCGUUGGAUGAAGAAAAUGAAAUCAACCACCAGGAUGAAUCAGAGACUCCAUUAGAAGAAGUAACAGAUGCCCUAUACGACAAGGGAGUGAAAUUUCUAAUGGAACACGAUCUUAAGAUGACAUUACCCGAAUUAUUCUUCCACGAGACUACAUUGAAAAUCUCUCCCCGAGCAUUAACGAAGACUGGAGCUCUAGUGCAUAUAGAUUUGGAGCCAAAGGAAGACGUGGGACAGGGGAGGAUAUUCUUUCAUAAAAUAAAGAAGUACAUCAAAAAGAAACUAGUAAUGGCUGCUCUAGCCAUCAUCUUAGUUGUAAAACUAAUCGCUUUGAAGUUGAUAUUUGUGUUACCGUUAGUACUUGGAGUGUCUACCGCGAAGAAGAUGUUUUUGAAAUUCCUCCUGUUCCUAUUCCCGGCAUUGAGUCAUAUAUUCAAGCUCUGCUCUUGGUAUCACCAGAAUUAUCAUACUACGAAGUAUCAUCAUCAUCAUCAUUUGAUAACACAUCACCAUCACAAGGCACCGUACGCACCGGCGUAUGGUCACCCAUCCCACGUUGCGGUGAAGCCACACGUAGAACAUCAUCCGCACACACUUGACUACAAUACUCAGGACUGGGAACUCUCCGGGCCGGGACUUGGCAGCGAGUACAUUGGAUCAGAUAUACAUCGCAAUGCUAUAGCUAACUUUAAACCACACGCGAAUGACAUCAAUGACAUCAAUUCUUGGGGUCUUGGUCUUCCACCAGGUCAAGCAAACAUUGGUGACUACGCGAGCAGUAACAACGCAGUACCUAAUGUGGUCGCCGCGCCCAGCGGAGGACAUAAGGUCCCUCCUGGCAGUCCUAUAAGGCCCGUGGGACCUCCCAAUCCUUACUACAGGAACAAGAAAGCGACAGCAAGAGAUCCAGAAAAAGAAGCACUAAUACGGGCAGCAUCGCUCGCGGCUCGAGCGCCCGCGUCCCCCGUCAGAGAUGAAAUACUCAGAGUAUCACAGGCGAAGUUGACAGAAACAAAUCGGGUUAAAGCAGAGACAGAACUAGUGAGGCAGCAGCAAGAAAUACUCGCAUCUCAGGAUCCUGAUACGGUAGCAGCUGAGAGAUUCUACGGCGCGUUGUUAGAGAAAGUGGAUACAAUUCUGACGCCGAUGGGAGCGAAUGACAUCGGCUGCAGGGAGCGAGCUGUCUGCGCGAUGUACAGCGAUCCGUUCAAACAUUCACCAUACAGUAAUCUAGUCUCUAAUGAACUGAGCAAGGACUCCAGUGAAUUAGUUCCUCCAGCUGACAGCAAGAUGGCGCUGAGGUACUACAGAUACGUGCAAGCGGCAAGGGACGGACAGGAACAGAAAGACUGUACAUUAUUAUACCCACAAUGUAAUAUCAAUUAUAAUCAAAAGUAAUUUAAAAUAUAGUCCAUACAAUUUAGAAUAAAACUGAAA